UUACUCGGCUGAGGGAGUCCGGCAUGAGUGAUCUUUUACUUGUCUGUGCGUCGCAAUAAAAGAGGAACAAACACUUUCUUAUCAAUGAAAGGCUCUUGGCGCUGCUUCCCAGGGCGUUUCUCAGCCUGUCGCUCAGACCGACUGUGGGAAUGAGAGAGAAACGCUUUUGCAGCAACCGGCCUGGAAAAAGCCGCCAUGACGGACCGAUUCGACUGUUUCUACUGCCGCGAGGACCUCGGGGGCAAGAAGUACAUUAAAAAGGACGACAAGCCCGUCUGCGUGCGCUGCUUCGAGAAGUUCUGCGCCAACACAUGCACAGAAUGCCGCCGGCCCGUUGGCACAGACUCUAAGGAGCUCCACCAUAAGGGCCGUUAUUGGCACGAGGACUGUUUCCGCUGUUCUAAGUGCUAUAAGAAUCUGGCCAAGGAGGCGUUCAGCACUAAGGAUGACCGGAUCCUGUGUGGUAAAUGCGGCUCGCGCGAGGACGCCCCACGCUGCCACACCUGCUACAAACCCAUCCUGGCAGGGACGGAGAGCGUGGAGUAUAAAGGGAACUCUUUCCAUGACGAGUGCUUCACCUGCUACCAGUGCAAAAAAGCCAUCGGCUCCCAGAGCUUCCUGACCAAAAACGACAACAUCUACUGCAGCUCCUGCCACGAGAAGAAGUUCGCCAAGCAGUGUGCCGGCUGCAAGAAGGCCAUUACGUCCGGCGGUGUGAAUUAUCAGGACCAGCCGUGGCACUCGGCCUGUUUUGUGUGCGUUUCGUGUCAGAAGCCACUCGCUGGAACUCGCUUCACCUCCCAUGAGGACAAUGUGUUCUGCGUGGACUGUUACAAAACCUGCGUCGCCAAAAAGUGCUCCGGCUGCCAGAACCCAAUCACCGGGUUCGGAAAGGCCACUAACGUGGUGAACUACGAGGGAGGCACCUGGCAUGAUUUCUGCUUCAACUGCAGGAAGUGCUCUCUGAACCUGGCCGACAAGCGCUUCGUCUCCAAGGACGGAGACAUUUACUGCAGCGACUGCGCCAAAAAAGUGUAGAUCAGACUGCAGACGCAGAGAGAAAGGAGCUUUAAUCAGAAUAAUAAGCAACGUUGAUUUAGUCAUAUGCAAACAUCUCAUAACAGCUUACAGUAGCAGGAAAGCGCUUUUCCCCGCAGGCAGCAGAUUAUAAUCAGUCCCUCUCCGUUUCUGUGGGUCCGUUUUUGACGCUUUUAUUCAGAUUGUGCUUCAUUCCUCCACCAGGAUCAGCCUGACUCGACUGUACAACCGAGCCAUUUAGUUAGUUUGUAGAUCAUAAAGUUUCUCUUUGAUUUUGAUGGUCUUGGUGAGAAUAAUCAGAAAAUCUCUUUAGAUGCACUUCCACUGGAACCCGUUCCGCUCUGAGGUAAAUAUAUCAGCCCAGCACUGUUACUGCCGCUGUGCUCGCCUGCGUUUGGCGGGAGUCGUGCUGUGAUGUGAUCCGUGCUGUAGAACCGAGUUCAGUGUGGUGUUGUUUCCAGUGAGUGAUAAAUGAGGAAGGUGAGGAAUGUGUUGUGGUAUUUCCUCUGUGUUUUUUUCAGGCUCGCUUUCGUUCAGCACGUCAACUCAAGCAGCUUUUGUCUCUGACAGCAUUUAACUGUGUCUUAAAACUGUAAUAAUAAAGCUGAUAUAUAUGCACUAGAUCACUAUACGCAGCUUACUGUGUAGUAAACACAUCAAAACUGGUCUUGAUCGAUUCAAAACUGAAAUAAUCUCCUUGUUUUUUGGAUCAUCGUUCUCCACUUACCGUCUCUGUCGUCUGCAUCAUGUGUCUGUUGAGAAAAUAAAUAAAUGAGAUUCAGUGUU